CUAUGCGCUUCUAUUUGAAAUUUUCACGAACGUAAGAGGUCAUCUUCCUUCUUCCCUCUUCCCUCUACAAGGCCAAUCUAUUGAUGGACCCAAUGAUUGCUUCAUUAUUGACCAGUUUCCGGCUGGUCCCUCCGGAAGCUAUUCCGGCGAUGCUGGAUUGUAUAUUGGCUUCCACAGCUUCAUCUCCAUUCUCAAUUUUUUCUACUCUUCUUGAAGAGUUUCCCAGCAUUGCCAAGGAAAAAUUACAGGCAGGGCAGAACUUGGAACUUGAACAGCGUAAUUUUAUUGAAUCAUAUGUUGGUGCAUUAUGUCAUAUUUUGAAGAAACCUGGGUCUGAUGUUAAUUCCAUGCAGUUGUUUAUUUGGGAAAUUUUUAUCCCAUUGAUGAAGUUGGUACAGUCAUAUGACCGUGUGCUAUUAAAUAAGGUUGCAGGUUUGUUUUUUGGUGUUGUUAUUGAAACAAACAGCUGGGAAAUUGUUGGAUCGACCAUUGUGCCCUUUUUGUUAAGAUCAAUUGGACUAUCAAUGGGUAUGCUUCAAAGUAAAGAGUUGUCGGUUUAUAAAUGGAAUGUUCAUAUUGACAAUUUAGGUGGCCAGGACCCUGGUCUGCAAUCUACACAAGAUGCUUCCUUCAAGCUAAGAAAUGCUGAGAUGAAUAACAACACCUUCCUAUCUGAAUCCAACUAUUUUCAAUUGCCUACAUCCUGUUACAUGUUGACCCUGAUGUUGGAACUGGUACUUGGAACCUUACAAUCAGUAGGACCAACUUCUAAAUUGAAUGUGGCAGACAGGGACUGUGCGAAAAUGUUUGCUGCAAAUUUGGUUUGGGAUCUUUUCAAUCUGACAAUUGAAAUGCUUUUGCAAAGUUUGGAACAUCGGUCUUCUGCAAUUAGCUUUCUUCUCCCUUCCAUAUUCCAAGCAUUUGAUUGUCAUUCUGCUUUUGAAGUCUCAAUUAAUGGGCAAAAAUAUGUGCUUUCUCGGAACCAUAUUCUUGCGGACCUAUGGAAGAGUUGCAAGGCUCUGUUCUCUUUGGGGCCUCUGGAGAGAAGGGAUGCAUAUUCAACACUUUCUUUGUAUUUGUCUUUCUUCUCUAUUGCUCGUGGGAGUCAUGGGCCAGAAGAUGCAUCUCUCAAUGGCAAGGAAACAAUGUUUGAUUUGAGAGCUCAGAAGGAAUUCUGGGAUGAAAUUAAAAAGGGCUUGGUCAAUAAGGAGAGCUUUGUGAGGAAGCAAUCACUACAUACACUGAAACGAACAAUAAGUUUAAGUGUGGAAAACCAAUUUCACUCUAGUGUUGAUGUUCUGGAUGAAAGAAAUUCAGUCCCUCAUGGAUUGACAAAGAGAGAGCGGUGGGCGGAGAAUGAAGCCAAGUCCCUGGGGGUUGGUAGAAUCUGCAAUUCUAUUGUUGAUUCUUCUAGCAGUACACAGAAAUGGGAGGCAUUCUUUCUUUUGUAUGAAAUGCUUGAAGAGUAUGGUACUCACUUGGUUGAAGCAGCAUGGAAUCACCAGAUGACCUUGCUGCUCCAUUAUUCUCCAUCUCCAGAAAGUGUAUUGAAUGGUGAACCCCAUCAUAUGUGUAUGGACACUUUAGAGGAAACCUUUGACUGGUUGGUUGUACUGUGGGAGCGUGGCUUUUGCCAUGAUAACCCUCAAGUAAGGUGCCUGAUUAUGCAGUCAUUUCUGGGUAUUGAGUGGAGAAAAUAUAAAUGUUGUGCAGAAUUGAUCUCCCAGAAUUUCAUUUUUGGGCCCCUUAUGGAAGGAUUGAACGACCCUGUGCACCACAAAGAUUUUGGUGUAAAAGGAGUCUAUUCUACAUGGACAAUUGAAGCUGCUGCCAAGUUUCUUUGUGUAUAUACUAGCUAUUUGGAUCAAAGGGUUGCUUUCCUUAUAAGUUUGGCAUCUGUUGCUAAAACUCAAUCUUUUGGACGAGCUGGACUAAUGUGCUUUGUGAAGUGUAUUUCUUCUGCUGCUUCUGGAGAUCAGAAACAUAGCAUUUCUGAUAAUGAUCAAGAGAAUGGUGUAUCAGCAGGUGUUACAGAAGCCAGAUUUGCCCAAGAAAGCUCUAUAGACAAAGCAGACUUACUGGAUGUUUUCAGAUUUGUCAUUGAAAGCAGUAGACAACAUUUCAAUCCCACUUACCGGCAUCAAGUUUGUGAGGAAAUUCUUGAUGCUGCUGUGUCUGUGAUGGCUCCACAUGAUGUGCCUCUUGAAACCCUACUGCUUUUUGUUGCAAGCUUGCCACGAGAACUUACUGAUAGUGGAGGUUCAUUGAGAUUAAAAGUGCAGAAGUGGCUACAGAGUUUCCAAAUGCAUUUUUCUUCUAACUCCAGCGAUACAAAUCUUCAACUUUUGCGGACUCUAAUUUGUUUCCCACCAAAGUUCAUAAGCUGCCAUAGUAUGCUGCAUAGCUUCAUUACAUAUGAUGAUGAAGACUUGGAUGCUUGGGAAUCUGAAGCAAAAAGAUGGGCGAGGGUGCUUUUUCUUGUAAUUAAGGGGGAACAAGACUUGGAUCCCAUAUUCAUGUUUAUUCAAGAGCAUGGUGCUGAUAUCUGCAAAGAGAAAACCCUUUUGGAGUGGAUUCCUGUGAAAUAUCUCAUCCUUAUUUUGAGCUUGGUAUAUGAACUACAACUAAUUGAAGAUAGAGUAGUUGAGUGUUUUACAAGUGGAAGAUUGAAAAUGGGCCUCGACUCUCCGGGUAAAGCAGUUGACAUUCCUCCGGCAAAGGAUUCUCGUAUUUUUGAGAAGUUUACCAAUUCAUUUUGUUCAUUACUGCAGGAUUCACUGGUCUCAUUUGCCAGAUUGUCAUGUUACAUCUUUGACUCCAGAAGCAUAAUAGACGACAGUGUUCUUCCUGGUUCCAUCAAAGGAAGGCUGGGAGGUCCAAGUCAGCGUCGGUUGCCAUCUUCUACUGCCAGUUCUGUAUUGCAAGCUAUAACAGCCAUAAAAUCUGUAGCAUCCAUCUCAAAGUGGUGUAUUCAAUUCAGAAAGGAUGCUUCAAUUGACUUUGCCAUAACCUACCUCUGGAAUGCCUGCUGGAAGGUUAUUACAUCCUCGUCCUCUAAUUCAGAGAUUGAAGCAGAAAUCUCUCUAGCAGCAUAUGAAGCAGUGGGCAAUGCUUUGAAAGAAAUGGCACCUAUGUUCUCUCUUGUAUCUCUGGAUCUUGUCAAACAAAAUGAUGGUUUAUCUCCAUCAGAAGCGGAUGAUAGGCUGAUAUUGGAUUCCUUUUUUAGUACUUUCCUUCAGAACAUCAAUAGUUUAAUUGGUGCUGGAACGUUAGUCCGAUCACGGCGAGCAGUUUUGUUGCAUUGUAAGUGGAUAUGCCUUGAAGCUUUGCUGUCAAUUCCUAAAUUUGCUUUCCAGAAUGGAGUUCGACUGGGAAAUGAUAACUUUUACUUCUCCAAUGACAUAUUGAGACAGGCUUUCAAUGAUCUUGUUGACAACCUUGAGAAUGGUAGUGAGGCCUCUGUUUUGCCCAUGCUAAGAUCAGUCAGAUUGCUAUUGGAGCUUUUUGUCUCAGGACAGAGGGGAUUAAUGGUUUCUUCUUGUGCUGGCAUAAGUACUAAGAUGAUGUGGAGGUUGGUGCACUCUUCUUGGAUCUUACAUGUGAGCUGCAACAAAAGGAGAGUUGCUCCGAUUGCUGCACUUUUGUCUUCUGUAUUGCAGUAUUCUAUGUUUAGUGAUGAGAGCAUGCAUGAGUUGGAUGGUGCACCUGGGCCUUUGAAAUGGUUUGUGGAGAAAAUUCUUGAAGAAGGCACUAAAAGUCCACGCACUAUUCGCUUAGCUGCAUUACAUUUAACUGGGCUUUGGCUUGCAAAUCCCAGUAUUAUAAAGUACUACAUAAAAGAGUUACAGUUGUUAACGCUUUAUGGUUCUGUUGCAUUCGAUGAGGAUUUUGAAGCUGAAUUGUCUGAAAAUCAAGAGGCAAAAUGUGAAGUAGCUGUGCUGGCUAAAAGCCCUGACCCUGAACUGACUGAAGAAUUUAUCAACACAGAGUUGUAUGCACGUGUAUCCGUUGCUGUUUUGUUCCAUAGACUUGCAGAUAUUGCCUGUAUGGCAGGAUUGACCAGAGAAAGCAAUGAUGGAAUUGCUGCCCUUGCAUCUGGCAAAAUGUUCUUGCUGGAACUUAUUAAUUCUGUGCUUACUGACAAGGAUCUAUCUAAGGAGUUGUAUAAGAAGUACAGUGCUAUCCAUAGGCGCAAAGUCCGUGCAUGGCAGAUGAUAUGCAUUUUGUCACGAUUUGUUGAUCAGGAUAUUGUCCAGAGAGUUACCCAUAGCCUUCAUACAUGUCUCUGUAAAAACAAUUUGCCUUCAGUUCGGCAGUAUCUGGAAACUUUUGCAAUUCAUAUAUACUUGAACUUCCCAUCACUGGUAGGGGAAGAAUUAGUUCCGAUCUUCCGAGAUUCUGAAAUGCGACCCCAGGCUUUAUCUUCCUAUGUGUUUAUAGCUGCUAAUAUAAUCCUGCAUUCAACUGGAGCUGCACAACCUGAGCGCCUGAGUGAAUUACUUCCUCCUAUAGUUCCAUUGUUGACCUCGCAUCAUCAUACAUUACGUGGUUUUACCCAGUUAUUAGUCUAUAAAGUUCUUCAAAAGUUGAUGCCAAGACAUUCUAGUUGCUCUACAACCCUGCCUUUAGAGAUAAGAUGCUUUGAGGAUCUGAAAUUGUACUUGAUGGACAAUCCUGAUUGUGCACGGUUAAGAGCAUCAAUGGAAGGAUAUCUUGAUGCUUUUGAUCCACAGAAGGCUGUUAUGCCGGCCGGAAUAUUCAGCACUCGAGUUGAGGAUCUUGAAUUUGAAUGUGUACCAGCGACGCUUAUGGAUCGUGUAAUUACUUUCCUAAAUGAUACUAGGGAGGACCUUAGGUCUUCAAUGGCUAAGGAUGCUGCGACUAUCAAGAAAGAAAGUUUACAUAUGGAUGGGGAUGUUAUGUGCAAUGAGAUAUCAGAGAUUCUAUCUGAUAAACAGCCAGCCUCUUUGUCAAAUGAUAUAUCAUUUGAUUUUCAGCGGAAGGUUACUUUUUCCAAGCUUGAGAUGCAAGGUUUGACUUCUAAUUUUUCGUUGGAUGACAAAGGAUCAUGGAAGUCACUGCACGACAUGGAAAAGGAAGAUCAGAUUCUUGGUCAAGUGCUACAUUUAAGAACUGUGGCUUUUGAGAAACUCAAGAAAAGUCGACAAGAUAUUAUACUUGUAGCAUCACUUAUUGAUCGAAUACCUAAUCUUGCUGGCUUGACACGGACAUGUGAGGUAUUUAGAGCAGGUGGACUAGCCAUUGCAAACAAAGAUGUACUAAAAGACAAGCAGUUCCAACUCAUCAGUGUAACCGCAGAGAAGUGGGUCCCCAUUUUAGAAGUACCAGUAAUUAGUAUGAAAGCUUUCUUAGAAAAGAAGAAGCAAGAGGGUUUCUCUAUCUUGGGUCUGGAGCAGACUGCGAACAGCAUGUCACUCGACCAGUAUGUCUUUCCCAAAAAAACGGUCUUGGUCCUUGGGCGAGAGAAAGAGGGUAUACCGGUGAAUAUUAUCCAUAUACUGGACGCUUGUAUUGAGAUACCACAGCUGGGAAUUGUUCGGUCACUCAAUGUUCAUGUUAGUGGUGCCAUUGCACUUUGGGAAUAUAGUCGGCAGCAAAGAUGCCAAUAGCAUAAGAGCCCCCUCGGGUAGUUCAUGUUGUAGAACAUUUGUGAUAGCACAUUUUUGUGUGAACAAAGAAGAGGGACAUGUUUCCUAUUACAUAGGACUGUCUUUUCUUAUUUUUCUUUUCAGAAGUAUACAUACACAUACACCACAUACAGUGCUUUGUAUGAGAGGGUAGGGCAGGGUGGGUGGGUGCUCAUCAUGUAAGUUUUGUCAUGAAAUUGAUUAGGUAAAGUUCUAUUUUUCUGAUUGCUCAAGAUAUCAAUAUGAUGACUUUGUGGUUUUAUUUCAUAGC